CGAGCCCCGCCUCCGCUCUCGGCGCGGCCGGCCCGGUAAAGGUAAUGAUGUCAUGAGCGGCCGGGGCUCAGUCAGCGUGAGGCGGUUUUCGUUUGCCGGUGCUCCCGAGUCUCUGGAGGUUCGCAUUCCCGAGGUACUCGAUCCUCAAUAUGGCUUGUACAUAUGGCCAGGUUCAGUGGUUCUGGCGCAGUACGUGUGGUUUAACAAAAGCAAGGUCAAAGGAAAGACCAUAUUAGAGAUUGGAGCUGGUGCAAGCUUACCCGGUGUUGUUGCAGCAAAAUGUGGUGCGAGUGUAAUUUUAUCAGAUUGUGCAGUGUUUCAGAAUUGCUUGGAUAACUGUCGGCGAAGCUGCCAGAUCAACAAUCUUGAAGAUGUGCCUGUCAUUGGUCUAACCUGGGGACAAAUAUCUCCUGAUUUGGUGCAGUUGCCACAAAUAGACAUUAUUCUAGGAUCUGAUGUGUUCUAUGAACCUGAAGACUUUGAGGACAUAUUAACAACUGUUUUCUACUUGAUGCAAAAAAAUCCAAAUGCCCUUUUUUGGACCACUUAUCAAGAAAGGAGUGCCGAUUGGUCAAUUGAAGCACUGCUGUACAAAUGGAACUUGAAGUGUAUUCACAUUCAGCUAGAAUCUUUCAGUGCAGAUGAAGAACAUCUUGCUGGAUCAGCUCUACCUGGAAGUCACACUGUUCAUAUGCUGAUUAUUGGUUUAAAGAGUAACAUUACCUCAGUAGUCUAAAGCCGCUCCCAUUCUUGUAUUUAAGAUGAUUGUCAUUUCCAUCUCAACCGCUCUAUUCCUCAAUUACUUGCAUGGGGUGAUAUUAAAAGAACAAAAUCUCAUCUUUCAAAGUAAAGUUGCUUUAUCAACUAAGGCUAUUUCAAUAAAAAAAGGUGCAAUUUCAAAAUGCAUCUUCAAUUAUAGUUUUGUAAGGAAUACAUUUUGUAUAGUUCUUGUUCAGACAGUUACAUGAAUGAUGUGGAAUUAUGGCUUAGUAAAUAAAAUAUGAUUUAAAUAAAUUGAAGCAGAGUAUUCCAAUUCAGAACAAUCCCUGCAAUGAUUAUAUGCUCCUAUUGACUAGAGCUCUAGUUUGUAAUCAAUCUUGCCCCUUUUCUGGUCUUGGGCAUGUUGGGACUGAGCUAUGUUGCUUGAGCAGUUUACAUACAUGUAGAUUGGAGUUCGAGUUGCACUACAAAUCUGAGGCAUAUGUAACCUUUAACUAUUGUGAUCCAACCUCAGCAGUUAGAAAAUCCGUUUCAUUAUUAGUGAUAAUUUGUUUAAUGGAUUCUAAAUGUAGCUUGUGUCUGGCACAAGUCUGAGACAGGCAGCAAAGUUAAUCUCUGGAUCAGUGCAUGACAACUUAUUCUAACAACUAGAGUACUUAAAUACUACUUUAGAUUACAAAACAAUAGAGAUUUUACUCUAUUUAAAUAUCUAACCCAAACAUAGCAACAAAGAUAAAUCUCGAUUAAUUGCAGUAAAAGUUAAUUUCACUGUCUAAAACUGAUAUUGUUGAAUUUAUCUCCUCAUUCUGCUUACCUGUAACAAUAUCACCAUAUGGAUUCUUGGUGAUAUUAAAAACAUUUUAAACAAAAAUAUUGUCAUCCCCAGUUUAUUGAGAAUGUUGGAAAAAUUAUUUUUUGACAGGUCCAGGUAAUGCACAAUGGAGAAAUCUUGCUAUAUGAAGUGUCUCUCCUUAGAAUUAGCAAGGCGUCCCUGCCAUCAAUAACUAGAAAGAAACUUGUCCCAUUGACCAGUGUAAAGUCUGAACUCCAAAAUGACAGAACACAUUGAAUUUAACAGCAUUAACAAAAGGCUAAUCUAAGUUUUUCUUAUGAUGGCUUCUGAAGAAUUUAAACAAAUAUCUGUGUAGCCUUGAUUUCAAUCUACCAUUUAUCACGUUCCCAAUUACUUAAUUUUACUUCCCUUUCCUGCAUGUGAACCACCCAAUUUCCAAGUAGGAUUAAGCACAAGCUACUCUAAAAAGCUAUCUCAUAAGCAAUCAAAAAAAUUACCUCAUGCGAUCCAACGUCAACCUGAUUUUCCCAAUCCCCUUGCAUAUUUAAGACCCCCAUUACAAUUGUGACAUUAGCCUUAUUGGAUGCCCCUUCCAGCUCCCUUUGCAAUCUCAACCCCACUUGUUGGCUACUAUUUGGAGACAUACGAUUCCCAUGAUGGUGUUUUUUCUUUAACUCUUGCAGUUUCUGAACUCCACCCACAAAGAUUCAAUAUUCUCUGACCCAAUCUUAUAACUUCCUAAAGAUGUAAUUCCAUCUCUUAGCAACAUAGCCACACCACCACCUAUGCCUUCCUGCCUGGCUUUUCAAUACAAAGUAAUUUAAGCUCCCAACUAUGACUUCCUUUCAGCCACGACUCUGAUGCCCACAACAUUAUAGUGACCAAUCUCUAACUGUGCCAUGAGCUUAUUCAACUUAUUCCGAAUACUACGUGAAUUUAAAUACAACAAACACCUUCAGUCCUGCAUCCUUUGCAUUUAUGAAUUUUGCCUCUUGUGGUACAAUUUAACUUUGCUCUGUCUGCAUUUGUACCCAAUCAUUGGGUUGUCCUUCCUUACAUUCAUAGUACAUCAUCUACUGGUAAAUCUGCUGGCUGAGACUUUGCUCCAUGAUACUGGUUCCAGAGCUGAUGAGAUGACUUUCUUCAAAGAAGGGGGCUUCCAUCCUCCACCAUCACUGUCCUCACCCACAUCUUUUGCAUUUCGUGCACAUCUGCCCUCACCCAUCCUCCUGCUGCCACAGCAGCAAGUUUUCCUCUCAUCCUUAUCUACCACCCCACUAGCCUCUACACCGAGCACAUAAUUCUCUGUAAUUUCUGCCAUCUCCAAUGGGAUUCAAUCACCACCAAGCAGAUUUCUUACUCCCCCCCCGCCACACACUCACACACUUUAUGCAGGGAUCGCUCCCUACACUAUUCCCUUCUCCAUUUCUCUCUCCCCACUGAUCUCCCUCCUGGCAUUUAUCUUCGCAAGCUGAACAACUGCCACACCUCUCCCCCCCCCCCCCCCCCCCCCCCAAUCUAGCAUUCAGGGUCCCAACCAGUCCAUCCAGGUGAGGCAGCACUUCACCUGUGUGUCUGCUGGGGUCAUCUAUUGUAUCAGUUGCUCCCAUUGUGGCCUCCUGUGUAUCAGUAAGAACCAACAUAGAUUGGGAGACUGCUUUGCCGAGCAGCUAUACUCCAUCUGCCUACCGGUGGCCACCCAUUUCAAUUCUACUUCCCAUUCUCAUUUUGACACGUUGGUCCAUGGCCUCCUCUCUGCCAUAACGAGGCCACGCUCAGCUUGGAGGAGCAACACCUUGAAUUCUGCCCGGGUAACCUCCAACCUGAUGGCAUGAACAUCCAUUUCUUGAGCUUCAGGUAAUGCUCCAGCAUUUUGUUGCUUUCGAUUUCCAGCAUCUGCAGAUUUUCUCAUGUAUAUACUUCAGUUAUAUAGGUGGAUUUGUGAAGUUACUGUUAAUAGAAAACUAAUUACUUCACUGCAUAAUCUUAUGGGAUAAGAUUGCCCUCAUGCAUGUAAUAUGCUGAAUAAUUAAAAAGUAAACUGGAAUGAUGCUCAGUGUCCUGUCAUUUAUUUAACUAAAAGUCACUUCUAAUCAGGAAGAAUAUCCUGAUUAUGUGGUACCAAAAUUAGUUUGUUAUAUUUUGCAGGUGGGCACAAGGGAGGAGGGUAUAUAGCUUGAGUUUCAAGCUUUUAAUUUCCAUGCUUAGGCCCAAAUGCUUUUGGAAACCUAUUCUUCAUAACACUUCUCAAAUUAGUGCUUCCAUUACAGCUGGCAGAGCCUGUUGCAGGAAAGCAGUUAACAGCAGCAUUUGAGCAUAAAACAGUCUAGGACAGGAAUACGUACUGGUCCACCUUAAUGCUCUUAAAGAGACCCAACACUACCUCCUUCAACUAAAAAUGUCCUAACAAUUAAUAUUCUCAACUCUUGUUUUACUAUCCUUCACGUCCUUCUCCUUGGUAAAUAUUGAUGUACUCAUUAAGGACCUCCACAUCCAAACCAAUGUUCCCCUCACUAGUUAUCCUCCUGAUGCAUGUAUAGAAUGUCUUGAAUUCUCUUUUAACCUACUUAUCAAGGACUUUUUAUGGACUUUCCAGGCUUUCCCAAUUCCCUUUGAGUUCUUUUCUGAGUUCUUCAUAACAUUCAAGAGCUCUGAUUGAUUAUAGCUCCCGAAGCUUUACAUACUUUUCCUUUUUCUUGACUAAAUUAAUCACAACUCUCAACAGCCAAGGUUCUCUUAUUUUGCCAUCCUAGUUCUGCUUUGUGACCGGAAUACAUUUGUUCUGCAAGCAGUUGGUCUUUAAAUACCCUCCACAUAGCUGAUGUGGACUUACCUAAAAACAGUUCCAAUUAAUUCUCCCUAGAUCCUGCCUAAUGCAAAGGUCCCACUGUUCUAGUUCUGCAUUUUACCUUUGGUAGAGCACAUUGUAAUACUGAAGAUACAACACCUGUCUGCCUGAACUGUUGGCUUUUGGUGAUUAUGCAGACCAAAGUUGGUGAAAACCAGACACUCCCUGCUUUCACCAACAUUCUGCCUUCCAGCAAGCUAGUAUCCUUUUACCCUCUCCACAAAUUUUGAUGGAGAAAAAGUAUCUUUGACCUGAAGUGCUGUCAUUUCUCACCCA